GAGAAAUUAACUAAUUAAUCAGCUAGCUAAGCUACGCUUGUGUGUGGCCCAGCCAUGGACGUCCCUCGCCGGAGCAAUGGCGCAUGGGAGAUCAACCUGGUGCGGCGGGGCCCGGCCACGGCGCGCUCGGACCGCUGCUCGAGGCUGACGCUGCUGUGGUUCGGGGUCGUCGGCGUCGUCGUCGCGCUCUACGUGUGCGUCAGCUACGUCUGGGCGUCCAUCGCCGCGGCGGCGCUGCUCGCCGCCGCGUCCUGGUUCACGUGGUACUACUUCGGCGCGGCGCCGGCGCCGCCGCCGGUGCUCCCCGAUCGUCAGCCGGCGGCGCUGGCUGGGGCGGAGGGAGGAGGGCUCAGCCAGGAGGACAUCGAGGCGAUCCCGGCGUUCGAGUACAGGAAGGGGUCGUCGGGCGGCGCCCCCGCGACGGCGGCGGUGGAGCAGUGCGCGGUGUGCAUCGCCGUCGUGAGGGACGGGGACAUCGUGAGGCGGCUGCCGGCGUGCGGGCACGCGUUCCACGCGCCAUGCGUCGACGGGUGGCUGCGCGACCACGCGACGUGCCCCAUGUGCCGCGCCGACGUCAAGGUCGCCGGAGAGGCGCCGGCGACGAAGGAGGCGCCGGCCGUCUAGGGUUCGCACGGCGGAGUAGCACAAAGUUGAGGCAUACGGCCGGCUAAUUAAGGCAUACAACCACGGACGUGCGCAAGUAUUCAUCCGGAACGUGUGCGUCGAUUUCUUCUUGUUUCUUGUUUUCACUUAUGGGGUGAUCGAAAAAGUCAAAUGAUAUAUUUGUAAUUAAAAAUUAAGU